ACCGGAUGUUGAUGCUGGCAAAAGCUAAAUCUAGGCUGAUGUUAUUUGCAUUGCUUUGAUACUGACGGGUACUCGAAGGCAACUAAUUGUUAUUUAUGGGUUCUUAAAUGAAGUACCAUUUUCGUUUUGAAUUACCAUUUCAAAAACAAUGUUUUACCUUGUAGAGGACAUUUGGUUUUGGAGGCAGAAUGGCCCAGAUUAAUUAAUGAUGUUUUCAUAAAUUAGUUUAGGUAGCUAACGUUAGCACGGGGUAUUUUUCUUUCACACAAGUUACUAGAUAGCUAACUAACGUUAGCUAGGUAAUGGAUUUUCAAAGAAAACAUGAUGGAAUUGGAGAUCAUUCGUGCUCAACGCUCAUUGUAUCUUUUGUAGCUAGUGGUGCGCGACACUGCUAGCUAGUAACCUUCAUUUCUCUGUGGCUAACGUUAGCUAUAGUAUCGUUAGCUAGUAAACAACGUCGUUCUCCCUUAGUGUUCGACAAGGCAUUCCACACAUAACUUCUCCCACCCGCAGUCGUGGAUCUCCAAACUCGGUCUUAACUUGACACCAAUGCGUGGGAUGAUGGCUACACAGGGCAGCCCUGUCAAGAGUUACGACUACCUCCUGAAGUUCUUGCUGGUUGGAGACAGUGAUGUGGGGAAAGGAGAGAUCCUAGACAGUCUGCAGGACGGAUCAGCAGAGUCUCCCUAUCCCUACAGCAGUGGGAUUGACUACAAGACUACCACAAUCCUGUUGGAUGGGAGAAGAGUCAAGUUAGAGUUGUGGGAUACGUCUGGACAGGGUCGAUUCUGCACAAUCUUCCGGUCAUAUUCACGUGGGGCACAGGGAAUCCUGCUAGUUUAUGAUAUCACAAAUGGCUGGUCGUUUGAUGGCAUUGACCGCUGGAUCCGGGAGAUCGAUGAGCAUGCCCCGGGGGUGCCCCGCAUCCUAGUUGGCAACCGGCUCCACCUGGCCUUUAAGAGGCAGGUGCCCACGGAGCAGGCCCGCGCCUACGCCGAGAAGAACGGCAUGACCUUCUUUGAGGUCAGCCCUCUGUGCAACUUCAACGUCAUCGAGUCGUUCACGGAGCUGUCGCGCAUCGUGCUGAUGAGGCACGGCAUGGAGAAGUUCUGGAGACCAAACCGAGUGUUCAGCCUUCAGGACCUGUGUUGCCGCUCCAUCGUCUCAUGCACCCCCGUCCACCUCAUUGACAAGCUGCCUCUCCCCGUGGCCAUCAAGUCCCACCUCAAGUCCUUCUCCAUGGCCAACGGAAUGAAUGCUGUCAUGAUGCAUGGACGCUCCUACUCCGUGGCCACCAAUGCGGCGGGCGGCAGCGGCGGCGUGAGCGGCAACAACAGCAGCAGCAGCAAGGGAAACAGUCUUAAACGCUCCAAGUCCUUUAAACCGCCUCCGAGCCCCCCCAAGAGUAGCAGCAGCAAAAGUAACUGUAACAUCACCUAGUGAGGGGCGAGGGAGGAACUUCUGAGGCCUCCCAUUGGGCCUAAUGCUAUCGCUGUAUGGGGUGCUCAGGGGCCCCAAUUUGGAGAUGCAUAAACACACAACAGGAACUGUAAAAGCUGUGAGUGAGUCCAAUAUGGCUUUCACUCUUUCUUAGACCCCUAGCGCCAUCUUGUGGGUCUCCGUUAAACCUACAGCUACCACCCACUGUAACCAGUAGAGCUCACUAGCUUGUCGUCCUAAAACCCAGAAGUGAGUUUCCUCUGGUUUUUUCAGCCUUUCCUAUGGGGAAAGAAUAGGGUUUUUGGAUAAACUCUGAAAAUAAGGUCUGUGGUAAACACAGGCUUAGGAGAUCUUAUACACUUUGUUCUAUGAGAUAAUAGCAGUCAGUUAACAUGACCUUUAUUCAUUAUGAAGCCUUUAUGUGCUUUUUUUAUUACAUAAAUGCAUCAAAAUUCACAAAGUGAUGUUAGCUGAUGAAGAUUAUCUCCUAGAACAAAAUGUAUAAGAUCUCCUAAGCCUGUGUUUACCGCAGACCUUAUUUUCAGUGUUUAUCUAAAACUUUUCCCCAGUCCUUCGAACCGUGGCGGAGUUAGUGCCUACAAAAAGACAACAUUACUAUUUCUCUCCAUACAGCCUCUUGGACUUUAAGCUGUGAUGUCAUCACUCACCUUCCUGUCAACACUACAAGAGAGUAUGAGGACUCUGAACAGAUUCACUGGGUAUAUUUAAGUAGACUUAGUGUACAUGCGUGGUAAUAGGUCGGCUUGUUGUUUUGCACUGACUUCUUAUGUGAUUCGUCUUGAAUGUUUUGCGAGUUUGUGUGGGAUUGUGUUAUUAUGCCUGUCCGUUGACUUUGUCCCUCUUCAAUACUUAUAGCCUAUGUCUGGGUCGUGUUCAUUAGGGCAUGCGAUGACCGCAAAUUUGAGCGUUUCUUAUUUCUUACAGGUUGUCCUUUCUUGUUUGUCUUUUUUAUUUUCAUUUGCUGCCUACUGAACUGGUUUGAUAUGGCUCAGAAACACAUUGAGCGAUUAUUCUUUCCAGAUCUCACACGGAUUUGCCAACAAAUGGAACACUUAAAAUAUUGACGCUGCAGCUAACUUUUUUUUUUUUUUUUUACUCUGCACUCUAAGUUUUCUUGUGUGUGUCUUAAUGUUACCUUUAUUUAACUAGGCAAGUCUGUUAUUUAACUAGGCAAGUCUGUUAAGAACAAAUUCUUAUUUUCAAUGAGGAACAGUGGGUUAACUCCCUUGU